CAUACAAACCUACAAAGUGUAAAACGUUUUCUUUUUUAGUAGGAAUUAUUUUAUAUUUUUAAUUACAAAAUUAUUUUAUAGUAUUAAAAAAAUUAUCAUUGGCCAGCAAAGGAAUUAUUUAAUACCAAGUAAUAGACAAUUUAUGAAGUCGACACUCUCCUGUUGGUCAUUUAUGUGUGUUCAUGUAAUUUAUGUUAUAUACUGAUAAUUGUUAUAAACAGAUAGUGAUAACGUAGUAACGUAUUACGUAAAUGUGAAGUGCAAAGUUCUUUUACAAUAAUUGUAUCAGUUAGUUUAUAUUCAGUUAUAAAAAAUGGUGGCUGGUCUCGUUUCGGGGCGACUUGCCCUGGUUACAGGGGCGGGUGCUGGUAUUGGCCGCGCCGCAUGUCAAGUUUUGUCAAGAGAAGGGGCAACUGUUAUAGCUGCUGAUAGAAAUUAUGAUGCGGCACUUGAAACUAUCAAAACUCACACUGCGUUAGCUUGUGGCUCCAACGACAAAGGUGACCACUGUGCUGUAGAAUUAGAUGUAUCAGACUCUAAAUCAAUUAAAUCACUUUUACAAAAAAUACAGGAACAAUAUAAAGAACCGCCCCGAAUUAUAGUCAACUCUGCUGGUGUUACAAGAGAUAACUGGAUGUUGAAGAUGUCUGAAGAAGACUAUGACCAUGUACUUAAUGUAAAUCUGAAGGGAUCAUUCUUAGUGAUGCAGUCAUUUGCAAGGAUGAUGUCUGAAGCUGCUGUUUCCGGAUCCAUUAUCAAUAUUUCUAGCAUUAUAGGAAAAUAUGGAAACAUAGGACAAGCAAACUAUGCAGCAAGUAAAGCUGGUGUUGUGGCAAUGACCAAAUCUGCAGCCAAAGAAUUGGGCAAAUUUAAUAUAAGAGUAAACGCAAUACUGCCUGGGGUGAUUGACACCCAAAUGAUCAAGACUGUGCCAGACAAGGUGAAGGAAUCAAUGCUCAAAAUGGUGCCCCUAGGACGUCUUGGUUCACCCACUGAGGUCGCUGAAGUCAUAAUGUUCCUAAGUUCAGACAAAAGCUCUUUUAUUACUGGUGCUGCAAUUGACGUUACUGGAGGCUUCUAGAGUAAAUCUUUACAUUACUGCAUAUUAUUACGAACUAAAUAAGCAAACUAACAUACAACCUAUACUAAGGCCAACAAGACAAGAUAAAAAAUGUAUAGGUACAAAUAGACCGUUGACUGAGUUAUAUUAUACUGAGAUAUUAUGUCAUAAAUACUGAUGAUACGGACUCUUGACGAAAAAUCUUUGUCUCAUUAGAAUAGAGAAUCCAUAAUUUGUAUAUAAUUUAUUCAAAUAAAAACGUUUUGAAGCCCUGAAACUUUGUUUACAUUCUUUAUCUUGUUUCGUUGGCCUUACUAUACUCAAAAGUGGCAAGUGAUAACUGUUUUGUUCACUUACUAAUAUUAACGUAAUAUUAUAUCAUAUUAAUAAAAAUAUGUCGGUACUUACAGAUAUAUCAUAAAUAUAACGACACAUAUAUCCCAGUGGUUAGGGACCCUACCUUCUAAGCUAGAGGUCCCGGAUUCAAACCCCAUUUCAAACACAAUAUUUUUUAUGAUGAAUGUUUCUUCCCGAGCCAUGGAUGUUUGUUUGUAUAUAUAUUAUAUAUGUGUAAGUAUGAAGUAGGUAUAUCGUAUUAACUAUAUUUUUGCCUUCAAUCCAUAGCACAAGGUUUGUGUACUGUAUCAAUAUAUUAAUAUUAUAAAAAACUUUAAAAGGGACCAGUUUUUAAUCCUAGAUAUUUAUUGAAUUAAUAUUUUUAAGCAAAAGGAUAAGGGUGCUUUUAUUGUAGAUAUUACAUAGUGUAGAUUCCUUAUAUGUAUUUUGUUUCUCUAUUACAUAUUAUUGCCUUAUUUAAUUGUAUCCCUGGUGGGAUUGCAGAAUCAUUACACCUAAAAACUUAACUGGGAUAACUUUAUUUGAACUUCAGAAAUAACAACUGUUACUGUAUAUAAUAUAUGAUCAAUUAAUAUGGUGUUGGUAAGAAAAGAUAGUAUUUUUUUCCUAUAUCAAUGUUUAUUGUUAAGCUUUACUUUGUAGCAACAAUGUUAAAACUAAAUUUGUCAAUCAACUGUGGAAGGUAAUUAGUAUCUAAGUCAAGAAUGUCAAAGCAUAAUAAGGAUUAAUACAAGGUUCUUUUCAGUGUAGUUAAGAGUAAAUCAGAUUUAAAUCAAAGAUUAACUCAAUGCAGUUAGGUUGUGAAUAAUUAGGGAUUAACACUAAAGUUGAUUAUAGUUUUAUACUGUUUUUGUAAAAAUUGUUUAUAUCCUUGUUGUCAUGUGUAUUAUAUUAAAAAUUAUUUUUACAGACAUGGUGCUAAAAUGGUUUUAUAAAUAUACUGUUAUCUUUG